UUAUAUACUGUUGCACAUAGAUAAUAUUUAUUUUGUAAUUGGUUGAUAAUGAGACGUCCUGUUAGUCGUAUGUAACCAUGAACAAUUACGAUGUCAAGACAGCGCCGUCAUUAUGACCGCAUACGAUUAAAUGAGCUGGGACUAGGAACUAGUAAAAUCAAUCCUGUUUUAGAAGAACAUAGUGAAAGAGAUCCAUUACUACCACAACCUCAUAGAGCAAGGAUAGCAGAGAGAAGUAUGAAUUCAAACACGUCCUCCAUUCCCUACAAGCCAUUCAGUUCACCAGCGUUAUACUCCAUCAAUCAGAAAACAACAAAUGACACACCAGAAUACAGUGGUUUAUCAGAUAUAGCUAAUCAUUUGGAAGUGUCCAAUGAAGAUCCUGGUCAGCAAAUUAUAUCAAGCAAGUUUGAGAGUUUAGAUUAUGACUACUGUGAGAACACAUUACAAAGGAAGGAGCAGAAAUCCUUUACAGGAGAGAAAUAUGUUCAAAUGAAUAUUUACAGAUGGCUUAUAAUGUUAAUCAUCGGCGUGUUAACAGCAACAGUUGCUGUCUCCAUUGAUAUAUCCAUAGAUAAACUAGCAGGGUGGAAGUAUAAAAUUAUCAAAACACAAUUAGAUAAAUGUGUCGACAGCAGUUGUUUGGCAAUACCAUAUUGCUUGUGGGUUGGAUUAAAUUGUGCGUUUGUGUUAAUGGCAACUCUUAUGGUUGUUUAUGCGGAGCCUGUAGCAGCUGGCAGUGGAAUACCACAGAUCAAAUGUUAUUUAAAUGGUGUAAAAAUACCUCAUGUGGUCAGAAUCAAGACACUUCUCACAAAAGUUGUUGGUGUUGUUUUCUCUGUGGCUGGGGGUUUAGCUGUGGGCAAGGAAGGUCCAAUGAUACAUACAGGUGCUGUAAUAGCUGCUGGUGUAUCACAAGGUCGAUCGACAACAUUCAAUCGUGAUUUUCACAUGUUUGAGAUGUUUCGUACUGAUCAUGAAAAACGAGAUUUUGUGGCAGGUGGUGCAGCUGCAGGAGUAUCGGCUGCUUUUGGAUCACCUGUGGGUGGAGUCUUAUUCUCUUUGGAAGAAGGCUCAAGUUUCUGGAAUCAAGCAUUAACAUGGCGCAUGUUUUUCUCCUCUAUGAUCUCUUCAUUUACUUUGAAUGUUUUGCUUUCAAUAUACAAUGGACAAGCUGGUAAUCUUGGGUACCCUGGUCUUAUAAAUUUUGGUCAAUUUUCUGGAUCAUAUCAAGGUUACGAAUUACCACUGUUCAUGAUGAUGGGUGUAUUAGGUGGUUUGUUUGGAGCUUUGUUUAAUGCGAUCAAUCAUCAUUUAACAAUCUACCGAAUGAGAUUUGUGAAGAAUCGACCAUUGCGAGUGAUUGAGAGCUUAAUAGUUGCAACAAUGUCUUCUUGUGUUGCGUUUUCAUUGAUUUACUUCUACAAUGAUUGUCAACCAGUCGGCUCAUACAAUUCCACAGGAACCCUGCAGUUCUUUUGCCCAGAUGGUAAAUUCAGUGCAAUGGGUACGUUGGUUUUCAGUACACCGGAGAAAUCUGCAAAGUCACUGUUUCAUGCAUAUCAUGGCAUGUAUUCAAUUUUUACGCUGAUUCCAUUUUUCAUUUGUUAUUUUUUACUGGCUACUUGGACUUAUGGUUUGUACGUACCUAGUGGGUUGUUUGUACCUGUGAUCCUAUGUGGUGCAGCGAUGGGACGUUUGUUCGGAGAGCUUAUACAUAUGGCGUUUCCAAGUGGAACGUGGUCUGGCCCGGGAAUAUAUGCGCUGAUUGGAGCAGCUUCACUCCUAGGUGGCGUGAUGCGGAUGACGAUCAGUUUGUGUGUCAUUGUCAUGGAAGCGACGGGUGAUAUAACCUAUGGUCUUCCACUUAUGUUGUGCAUCAUUGUGGCGAAGUGGGUUGGUGAUUUUUUUAACGAGGGUAUUUAUGAUAUCCACAUCAAACUAGCGGGAGUACCGUUUCUCGAUUGGGAAACACCGCAGAUGACGUCACACAUAUCAAUGAGUCACGUGAUGAAGACUCCUGUAGCGUGUUUCCACGCAGAAGAAAGGGUUGGAAGAAUUAUUGACGUUCUGAAGAACACAGCGUCUCAUCAUAACGGUUUUCCAGUUGUCGAUAAUGUGCCGCAACCCGGCGAAGGACGUAAAAAGACAUUUGGAACUUUUCGUGGCACUAUUCUUCGAUCACAGCUUAUUAUUUUAUUAAAGCAAAAAGUAUUCUUCGAUCCUGGAAUGUCCCGUCCGAGGAGACAUCGUUUGACCAUCAAAGAUUUUAGGGAUGCCUACCCAAGGUUUCCACCAAUCAGAAACAUUAACAUAUCGCAGCGUGAAAGAGAGUGUUACAUAGACUUGCGUCCGUUUAUGAAUCCCGUGCCAUACACAAUACAAGAGAAAUCAUCCCUAAACAGAGGAUUCCGGUUAUUCCGAGCUCUUGGUUUGAGACAUUUAGUUGUGGUGAAUGAAAAUAACCAGGUGAUUGGUAUUGUGACGAGGAAAGAUCUCGCCAGAUAUCGCACGUGGACACAUCGUGGUCAGAUGGGAUUGGAGGAACUGCAAAUCAUGCAACAUUCGAAUGACGAAGAUUAGUUUAUAGAAAUUUUUUAAAAAAUGUCUUGCUUUCUUGAGCGUAGGAACUAAUUUUUAUCACUAUAUUAGUACAAAUCUCUUACUGGACGCAUUGUAACGAAUUUUUGUACAUAUUCUCUUCUUAGUGAAGCUGUAAUUAACUGAAAUCGCGAACUGUUACAAAAAUAUGUUUUUUGACACAAAAAAAUAUUUGGAAGCAUGCUAUUACGAUAGUCAAAUUUCUGAACUUCCUUAGUACGUGAAAACACCGGGUUAAGAAUGAACCAUUUUGUUGGAAAUAACUGGGAAUAUUUUUGUAUUUUUCAAGGAGUUUUUUUUUAACUAUUAUUUCCAGCAUUUUUUUCCUGCGAUAUCUCAAUAGACACUUAAAAACUCGGAAUUUGGCUUCAAUGACUACUCAUAUGAGCGAAUGUUCUUCUCCUGAGGUGUUUACUCACAUGUUCGAAUGUUCUUCUCCUGAGGUGUUUUUUAUAUUAGCAUGAUUUUCCAGUAGCAUUUUUAUGUCGUGCAGAUUGUAAAUAAAGAGCUUCAAUUUUUUUGCAUUUUUUUUGUAGACUUUCUACAUACUUGUAAUUCAAAAAAACUAAAGAAUAGUAUUAAGUUAAGGUGAAAUAAUUGUGCUUUA